AUGGCAAAGACUGGUACUACAAUGAUAGACCCUCACGGACUGUUUGACAGCCGCCCGACUUUCAGUCAUGUAGCUACUUCUUCGGGAGCUACACGCUUUGUUGCAACUGCUGGACAGGUGGGAGCAGACGAGAAUGGAGUCGUACCAAGCGAUAUUGAUGAGCAGAUACAACUGGCCUUCAAAAACUUGAAGCGUUGUCUUGAUGCUACAGGUGCUAAAGUGACGGAUAUUGUCAAAGUCGUCUACUACAUCGUCAACUAUGAUCCGAACAAUCGGCGCCACUUCGAGCCACUAAAAGCGUUUCUGAAUGGCCAUCGGCCAGCAUCAACUUUAGUUCCCGUCCCAAAACUGGCUAACCCGGAGUUUGUCUUUGAGAUCGAAGCCUAUCUUGCUAUCCCUCAGGAGCCUCUAAAAACAGUUGACGUGGUUGUGGUCGGCGCCGGUUUGAGUGGCCUUAAAGCGGCAUACGAGGUUCAACGGGCCGGAUACUCCUGUGCAGUGGUCGAGGCAAGAGACAGGGUUGGUGGAAAGACGUGGUCCGUGAAUCAGGAUUUGGCAGGUUUUGUGGACGUUGGAGCGGCUUGGAUCAAUGAUACGAACCAGUCGGAGAUAUUUGCUCUUGUUCAGGCACUUGGGUUGAAAACGGUCAUCCAGAAUACUACUGGGAAUAUAGUCCAAGAAGAUAUAGAUGGCACCGUCUCGCAGUUUCCUUAUAGCACCGUUCCAAAGAAGCUUUCAGAGUCAGAUGGCGUACAAUCGAUGGUGGGCAUUCGAGACAAAACCGAGGCUGCUUGUCAAAAGCUUGACAUACAUGAUCCAGUCCGCACAGGCGCAGAGCUUGACAAGCUUACUUUCCACGAUUGGGUCAAGUCUCAAGGUGGAGGUAAGACGGCCCUCGCUUCUGCAACCGUCUGGACAAGAGCUAUGUUGGGUCUUGAGCCAACAGAAGUCAGCGCUUUGUACUUUCUCAACUACUGCAAAAGCGGCGGAGGUCUGCUACAAAUGCGAUCGGAUCAGAAAGGUGGUGGUCAGUAUAUGCGAUUAGUAAAUGGAACUCAAAGUAUCUCCAUUGGUUUGGCAGGUCUACUGAAACCUGACUCAAUCCUUCUCAACUCUCCAGUCAGGACAGUGGAGCAGACUGCAGAAGGCGUUUAUGUAUCCUCGGCACGAGGAGAAUUUCGUUGCAAACGGCUCGUUGUCUCCGUUCCCACACCGUUGUACAAAGAGAUUACAUUCAAUCCUCCCUUGCCCAAGGACAAACUGGAGCUAAGCCAACAGAACAAUCUCGGAUUUACUAACAAGGUUAUUGUACGUUAUGCUACUCCUUGGUGGCGACAGUAUAACCUAUGUGGCAUGCUCCAGUCCUGGACUGGACCUGUGGCUGUGAGUCGAGACUCGAGCGUCGACGAGGCCGGACAGUACUCAUUGACGUGCUUCUGCGUCGGAGACCUGGGCCGUGGGCUAUCUAAGCUACCUCAAGCCGAGAGAUUCAAGACCGUGGUAGACCACAUCAACAGAACCGUUGGUUUGGGCGUCAGCGCUCCUGCGCCAAUUGCAUUCUAUGAGCAUGAAUGGAUGCACGAUCAGUGGGCGCAAGGAUGUCCAUGCCCUGCUGCUCCGCCAGGAACCAUGUCAAAGUACGAGCAUGCUCUGCGCUCUGCACAUGGGAAAGUGCACUUUGUAGGAACCGAGACAUCUUACGAGUGGAAGGGAUAUAUGGAUGGAGCCAUCCGGUCUGGAGCCCGAGGUGCGCAGGAGGUUAUCCGAGCAUUGGGAACACCCAAGCUUUAGGUCUCACGCACGAAUUUGGUAUAUACAAGUCCAGACUUUACUGGUCCUUGUAUGUGUAUAGAAUGUUGGGAUAAAUGAGUUUUAAGUGAUCUUCGCUCACCUUAGCCCUAACCCUAAGGAUAUAUCUCUACACGAGACACAAUUAUCAGAUUCAAUCACACAC